GUUAAAUGCAAUUUAUUUUAAAUGAAUCCAUGAAAUGAACAUUUUAAAUUUAAUUAUGUAAAUCGGUAAUGUCAUGUUGCGAAGACAAAGUAUCAUCGCAUGCCCUAGCAGCUGCAGCUACAAGGGAAGUUAGCUAUUUAACGGACGCUGAACGAGCCACUAUCCUUGAAGUCCUUGGCAGAGAUGAGCAAAUUCGAAGAGAUCAACAACUUAGGAUAAUGCAAUUGAAGGCAGAAUUACAAGCUCUGCGCAGAAAAGGGGCUAUAAAAGUAUCCUCAGAGUGGAACGCAAACGGGCCAGAUCCGGACCGUUGCUGUGGCCGAUGCAGGACCGAAUUGGGCAGAGUUAUCAACCGAGGGGCAUACUGUAAGGCCUGUCGUUUACGGGUUUGCAAAAACUGUCGCGAAUAUACGCUUAAAGCUACCGAGUGGGUGUGCACCGUUUGCCAUAAACAUAUGGAAAUUCAAAUAGCCUCCGGAGAAUGGAUGAAUGAAUUUGUAAGAAGACCCAGCAGGAGAAGAGAUCAUAUUGUUUACGUCCCGGCUGCUGACAUAAUAAAAAGAACUAUCAGAAGGUCUUGGACCAUAUCAAAUCCGACUCCAAGAUGGAAAAACAUAAGAGAAUUGCAUCAGCAUAGACUGUACAACAGCCUUCCAAAAGGCCGCAACUUAAGCGACUAUCCAUCCCUAGUGCAGAAUCGCGCUAAAGCUGACAAAUUGAAAGAUGAGGUGGUCGACACCACUUUUCGAAGAGCGAAAUCGGAAGACGUUCCCGCGAACUCCGAGCCAGAACUAGAGAAAGCCGUUCAGGAAAAAUCGGAACCGAUGAACGAAAAACCAAAGGUCCGUGAAGUGCGAGAAAAUCCGCUUAUCAAAUAUUUGGAUAAUGACAGGAAGGCAAGAAAGAGCCAGAAACUGAAGAAACAAGAUUCAAAUGUAAAGGAAUCGACAGAUGCUCAAAGUAUUGAAAGCAAUAAAUCAGAAGUUUCUUCCACAAACUCCUCUCCAGGACCUAGUGGUAAGUUAGAAAAACGCGUCAGUUUCUACACUACCCAAGCUAAUAAUGUGGCCAGUGUUCUUCGUACGCAAUCAUUGAACGAAAGUUCGAAGAGUACCACAAAAUCUCUUCCACUGGGAUCGAGAUCGUUGCCUGAAAGAACAUUGGAUUACGAGGAUGCUGUGCAGAAAGGAGAAGAUGUGACCACCCACUUAGAGAUGUGCGAUAUCGAACCUUUGAGCGGAACAGUAUUUAGAAAGGUGACCGUGAGAAGGAGGAAGGAUAAUUUAAAAAAGAUGUCUGCAGUUGACACCGGUUGGCGACGCGGACCGGACCCUGAACUUUUGGAUAUUCUACUACCGGACGGCGACGACUACAAACUUGUAUUCAUUAAUUCAGAUAGUUCCUCCAAAGAGGAGGAUGUGGAGGAUAACGACAGUGUGUCUACUGCGAGUAGUUUUCCUAUCGAUGACUGCGAGUGGGAUUACUUUGAACCAGGUCCUUCAACAUCAAAUUCGAAUCAUUCUUUGAUUAGUUGGAACUCUCCCUUUGGGUCUCCCAGAACAUAUAGACGCACCACUGUGGGUUCUCCUAUAGGUUCUCCACACGUAUUUAUAAAUAUAAGGGAAUCGGAUACCGGUACAGAUGACGAUAACCUAAGGAGAGACAGUGACUCGCCAUCUUAUUCGGACAAUUUUAAAAAUACAGAUCAGGAAGAUAAACAAGUGAAAUGCGUGCACCAAUGUACGGAUAUUCCUCAGCAACACUGCAAAAAUUGUGGAGCGCCUACUCAAUAUAUCCCCAUACCAGUUGCAGUGCCGAUGCCUUUCCCUGUUCCAACUCUAUGGACACCUCAAGAUACCGUUGUACUUUACGACUUUUCGAGUACAGACCAUAACUUUGUUUCAAGAUUUAGAGCAUCUUCUAGCCAUUUUUGGCCCUACAUGACGGAUUCCUCUCUACGUCCCAUUCUAAACUCUACUGAAUUAGGUCUUAUGACCAACAAAUGGAAUAGAGAUAUGGGUAUAUACGAUAUGCCCGACUGCAGGCCAAUAGAAACCAAAGUGAAAGAGAAAAUCAAAGUGGGAGAUACUAAGGAAGUGAUAGAAGAAAAGAAAACUGAAAGCAAUAAGAAAAAUAGUUAUUUUGAGGAGAACGAUAUCGAAAUAGAAAUAUCAGGGCACUUAUCAAGUGAGAAUAAAAGGUACAUUUCCUCAACGGAAUCGUGCGAUGAUAGUAGUGAUGCAACAGAUGGAGAGAAAAAAAAACAAGUAAAAAGAGUUUAUACAGUGAACGGGGAAGAUGAAAACGAUAGCGUUGCCAAUUCAUCUUUAAGCAGCAGAACUGACGGUGAUGAUCCUGCAUCGCACAGCUCCUGCCAAGAGGAUAACUCUUCGUCCGUUGAUUCCGAUAGUGAUGUGGAUAGUGAUGAAAAAACUAAGCGGUUUUCCAGAGUCUUUGUGGUAAAUAAAAAUAUUUCUUCAUCCUCGAUGGAAUCUAUGAGCAGCGAAACUGAUACGUCUGAUAAUGAUACUGAUACCGAGAUGGAUUGUACUGUGAUAUUAACGAAUGUUUCCCAGAUCAAGGAAGAGGAUAUCGUAGAAAAACAAAAAGAAAAGGAUAUAUCUGAUACAGUUAGGAUUGAAGUAAAAGAAGUGGAGUCUUCGAGUCCAUGUUUAUCGGACGUAAGUGCUGAGUCCUUAAACUCCAGUGACGUCGAACAGAACCGCGAUUACAGUGACGAUCAAAAAGCAGACAAGAAGAACGUAGUGGCCGUCGAAGAAUUAGAGGAAGUACCCAGUGAAUGGAACGAUGGCACAGAGAUCCGGUCUACCGAGUCCGUUAGUAGUAAUAAUAAAGAGAGGGAGGCAUCGGCAGCCGCGUUUCGCGACGACGGUGAGCGGGCAGGUGCGCCAGUAACUGCCGACUCGGACCCGUGUUCGUCACGCAAUGCCGCCGCGCGCUACACUAGUCUCGUAAUGAUCACCCAGGAAGCCGCCCCCUCCUAUCAACAGGUCAGCGUCGUCACCACCGAUACCACGACUCUCGUUCCAGACGACAGCAUCGUUGUCAGGCACACCAACUGGCGUACCGACACCGAAAACAACGACAGGAACAAUGAUAUUCAAAACAAGACGAACGACGGAGUGACUGUGAUUACAGGUGUGGAGACCCUCUCAGCGUUCGAAGAGGGUCUUGCAGACGACGAUUCAUGGGUAGAAAACCUUAGCAACGACGAAGAUGACGAAACGACAGAGGAAGACACCUCUUCAGGUGAAGAGGUAACACUAACAUGCUCUGCAGCCACCGAUCAUGAAGAUGAACUUCGUGGUUACCACAGAACUGCAAUCGACUUUACCUUGCACACGAUUGUGGAAGAGAGCUGCGAGGAAAGUGAGCCCGAACAGGCAGUUUCGAAAAAAAAGCGACCUACGUCUGCUACGGACUUGGAAAAAUAUUUUUUCUUUGGAUUGGGGGACGGACAUUCUAUAAAUUCUAAUAGAGAUGAGCUUCUUUCUGAGACCAGUAGUAUUUAUAGUGAGGGUAUGGAUUCUAUGGGUAUGGAUGAAGCCUUGUCGAAAGGAGAAUCUUGCGAUCCAGCCGAUUUGGCUUCCUCUAGACUUGAAAAGUACUUCUUGAGUGGGUUUAUGGGUUUUACAUCUGUGGGCAGGAGAGAUUCCGAUGGAAGUGUUGGUAGUGAUAGUGAAGGUAAACCAAGUCCGGAACAAAGGCGCAAAAAGUUGGUAAGAGCCCGUGGAACCGGUAGGAGUCAUUCCUCGUCACUGGAUAACUUACUUACAAACCCUGAUUUGAUAGCGUUGGAUCAAUCCCAAGAAACCCAAAUAUUAUCCGAAGUCUCCGAUUCAGAUACAAAUGAAGGCGCAAAUAAUUUUGAAAAAUCCGAUGGUCAAUUCGAUACGGUCAAACGUAAAAAAGGAAAAAAGAAUAAAAACACCCAUUCGUCCAAUGAGGAAUUAAAAAUGCUUGAGGUGAUGCAGGAAGUCCACGAGAAUAAUGGAUUAUCUGAUGAAGAAGAAGACGGACAUAAAACCCCGCAGCCCGAAAGCUGCAGUACCCCUUCAAAUUUAAUGACAACGAAAAACCAACAGAGUAGAGACAGCGGUUUUAUAGGAAGCUGCGAUGAUUUGCUCAAAGAACAAAGUGAAAAUAAGUCUCCAGAGUUACUUCCUUCCAAGUCGGAUUCGAAAUCAGAAGCUGAAAAUGCAGAGGAAAAAAAAAGUCUUAAGUCUAAUACACCGCCUGUUACAUCACUUACAAGAAAAGACAGCUUUAAUAACUGGAGCUCCGACGAAGAAACCAACUUAAUGAUGUGUAAAAUGCGCCAAUUUUUUAAGACUUUAGUGGCUAAUUCGCAGUACAGUCCCUCCAAACCUACAACGCCCACAUUGGGCUCCCGGAUAUCCCCUAAACCCAUAGCUAGUGUUAAAAUCAAAAACAGGUAUAAACCACCGCAGUUGGUCUACUUCGAAAACGAACUUACUCGACUGAUGAAGACGGUUCCUGGAAUACGGGAUGAUCAAGUGCGCGAAAUUGUAGAGUACUUAAGUAGUGAGGAUACGUGGAGUGAUUCCUACGAUUCUUCUGACUACACCAGCUCCGACUUGGAAGGAGCUUCAACAAAAUCAGCUUUACAACAACAAAUAAGUGAUAGCUGUAAGCAAAUCAUUAACAAAUUCGAUAAUCCAGCCGACGAUGAAGGCGACGAGGGUGACGGUGGCAUUAUAGAAGAUAACACUGGAUUAAACAAAGAAACAGCCUUUGUAUACCAAAAAUUAGUAGCAUCGCUAGAAAAAAUGGCCACUGGGGAAACUAUGCCCUACGCAUCACAUAGUUCGCCGCCGUUGAUUGCCAAAGUAAUGCAUCACAUUGGAAGUCGUUUAGUAGCUUUGAUGCAUGAGGUAUCCAGUGGAGAAAGCCAUAAGAGCAACAGCCCCAAAAGUAAACAUACACAUAGACGGCUUUACCAAAACAUUUCUUCCAAUUCCACAACUACAGAUGAUGAUAGUACCAGUGAUAGCAAUUUACAUGAUAAUUUCUUAGAAGACAACUAUAAUAUACUGCCUAGAAGUAAAUCUCAUGAUAUUUUGUUAAGUGAAAAUAAAAAUUUGCACCAAUCGAGUAGUGGUGUAUCCGAUAUAGCUGAAGAACGUGAAGCUAGUGAUUGUGAAAGAUUCAGUUGGCGAGGCAGUUUUGAAUCUGCCCUGCUAGCCAGUGAUUCUCGAAAUAAACUCUCGUUAAUCGGUGGGGAAGGCUCAGCCUCCGCUAUAAUUGCAGCGAAACGUAGAUCUGCAGGUGAUUUGCUCUUUAACCACAAGAGCAGAGAGCACCUGGAUAGAGUAAGAAGCUGCGGCAGCAUAGGAGGGGGAAAUAUAGAAGAAAAACUAUGGGUAUCUAGCUCUACUAGACCCACAAAACGAAGAUCUAGCGUGCCGGAUGCGACGUGUGGCUCUGACGGUGAGGAUGAAGACGAGGAAAUCGGUAAUCGUAGAAAUCUCCAAACAGGUGUGCCAACUUCAAACUCCCUACCGCGUCUUCCAACCAGUACGUCUUCCAAUGCAAUGCAAAAGGCUCAAAGUAUGUACCAAUUUACCCCGCAAAAUGUUAAGAGUGCCAGGUACAGACCGCCUGGAUACAAGUUGACUACCACGAUACCCAAAAGGGCAUCAAGUGCCCCUGGCUUACAACUGCCUAGGCGUAACCGACGAUCUCAACAAUAUAAUGUUCCUAGUGAUGAUAGUAUUACUGAAGCUCAUUCAUCACCAAUAUUAGGUAAUAAACCGUCAAGCAAAAGCGCGACGCCAAGCCCGGUGGCGCAGGCCAGCAGGAGAGGUCUGGACUCGACACUUUCUUCUAGUCAGCCGGAUUGGCAUUACCAGGACGAUGAUAUCGAUAGACUGGUCAUGCACACCACAAGAAACAGCCUUUCUAGCUUAGGGUUGCGCUCUGAUUCGAUGGCAUCCGUGUACUCUGGGGCCGGCGAGGGACGAUAUGGCACUGUCGCCGUACGCGGUCAAGUUGAAUUUGGUCUGCAAUACAACUACAAAGCAGGAGCCCUGGAAAUCCACAUAAAACAAUGCAAAGAUUUGGCCCCGGUAGACGCCAAACGAAACCGAUCCGAUCCCUACGUUAAAGUUUAUCUUCUCCCGGACAAGUCAAAAAGCGGAAAACGCAAAACAAAGGUUAAAAAACACACGUUAAAUCCGGUAUUCGAUGAAAACCUAAAAUUUCAUAUUUCGAUUAACGGGUUGGAGACAAGAACCUUGUGGCUCACCGUAUGGCAUUCGGAUAUGUUUGGAAGAAAUGAUUUCUUAGGGGAAGUCAUGAUGACUUUAGAGAAUAAAGUUUUUGAUGAUACUUCGCCCAAGUGGUACAACCUUCAAGAAAGGACUGAACCAUUUGAGGAUAUUUUAUCAUUUAAAGGUGAUAUUAUUGUAUGCCUUAAAUUUGUACCUCCAGACAUGACAAUUCAGAAAAAAGGAAAAAGAUCACGGGGUAGCCUACAUGUAUUAGUAAAAGAAGCGAAAUCAUUAACUGCUGUAAAAACCAACGGAACUUCUGACCCAUUCUGCAAAAGUUAUUUGUUGCCAGAAAAGGGUAGACAUUCAAAGCAAAAAACUUCAGUAGCCAAAAGAACUGUGAAUCCAGUGUGGAACUAUACAUUUGUUUAUGAAGACGUUACAUUACAAGAAUUGGCCGAACGGUGUUUGGAAUUGACUGUGUGGGAUCAUGAUCGACUUGCCAGUAAUGAAUUUUUGGGAGGAGUUAGAUUCUCACUCGGAACAGGUAAGCAUUAUGGAAAGGCUGUGGACUGGAUGGAUGCAACUGGAAAAGAAAUGAGUUUAUGGAAGAGCAUGUUGGAGAGACCAAAUCUUUGGGUUGAAGGCUGUUUGGCUUUAAGAUCAAGUCUGGACACUCGUGCAUCUUAAUUACAUACUUAAAUCAAAUUUAAAUUGUAAUUGUUAUUAAUGUCAUAUUAUUGUAAAGUAAUUUAUGGGGUAAAAUGUGUAACCAUUUUAUGUUUUGUAAAGUAAUUUUUUAUUACUAGUAUAAUAAAGUAUACCUUAAUGGGUUCUAACAGUGAUAUAUUUUGAUAUAAAAAAUAAAUAUUUUAUUCAACAUAAACUGUGUUUUAUUGAAAUUUUAUAGUGGUUGGCUUAAAAUUUUAUAAUGGUCGUCUUAAAAUUAUUACAAAAAUAAUAUAAGUUAAAUUCAUCAUGGCUUACAAAAAUUAAUAAAAAUUCACUAUAUUAGAAAUAAUAAUUUUGCUCUUAACUAUUUAUAAAUCUAAUAUUAAAAUUCUAGACAAUAAUUUACCUAGAUUCAGGCUUAUUUUUUGGUGGCCUAAAUACUUUAAUUUUUUUACUGGCUUUUGUUGCUUUUGCUUUUGAAUUUUGUUGAAAACUUUGCCAACUGUCUACUCUAUUUUGUCUUGAUUCCUAAAAAAUAUUAUUUACAAACAUUACAAAUCAAAAAACUAUACAUUUACCUCAAAAUUUUUCUGCCACUCUUUUUGUGUUUUGGCAUUUUCCUCUUCUUCUAUUUCUGCUUCACGUUUUCUUUUACUUUCUUCUUGUACUCUUUCAGCUAAAUCUCGUCUUUUUCUUUCUAAAUCAGCAAAUAGCUUCAUUGUUAAAACAUAUAUGGCAUGCUUAUAUUUAACUGGAUCAUCUUCUGGAAUACUAUCUUUUCCUUCUUUUUUGGCCUUUUUACGCUUUUCAGUCAACUAAAAAUAAACUUAACUAAAAAUAUAACACUUGAUAUUUUACUUACCAUAAUAUCUGUUCUUCCCUGUGCUUCUUCUAUAAUAUCCAGACACUUUUUUCUAGUAUCCUCAUUUUCUAAUGUUUUCCAUGCUUUAUUAACAGCUUCAAAAGCUUGUUGGGCUCUUUCAGGAUCAUCUUGAUUUUUAUCAGGAUGGACUAAUAUUGACAAUCUUCGAUACUUCUUUUUAAGUUCUUCUAUUGAGGAAUCAGGUUCUACUUGUAACACAUCGAAGGGGUUUAAAUUUCUGUAGGUACUACCUGGACGUAACAGCCUUUCAAUUUGUUGUACUGGUGUAAGAACUGAAUCUCGUUUUUCGAUUUCUUUUACCU